AUUUAGCGUGGUAGUUUUUUAUUGGUUGAUUGUUUUCUAUAACUACAAUAAUUUGACUAUUAUUAUUCUGGACUUGUUUAGUUUUGAGCAACGUCAUAUUGAGAUUAACUUAGAAUACCGGUGUCCAAAUCUAUGAUUUGAAUGUACUAUUAUUAGAGGAAAAACUGCAAAAUGAAGCAGUAUAUAUUUUUAAUUGUUAGUUUAAUUAUUUUGAUUGGUGUCUCAAGAGGCGAUGAAAUUGAAGAACCAUCUGUACAAACAGUGGAUGCAGAUUUAGGUGCUAGUAGAGAAGGAUCCAGAACAGAUGAUGAAGCUCUUAAACGAGAAGAAGAAGCUAUUAAAUUAGAUGGUCUCAAUGUUGCCCAGCUCAAGGAAUUAAGAGAGAAGUCAGAAAAGUUCACUUUCCAGACUGAGGUUAAUAGAAUGAUGAAACUUAUUAUCAAUUCACUUUAUAGAAACAAAGAGAUUUUCUUAAGAGAAUUAAUUUCAAAUGCAUCAGAUGCUAUAGAUAAAAUAAGAUUACUCUCACUAACUGACAAAGGGGUUCUUGAUACACAACCAGAAUUGAAUAUUAGAAUAAAAGCAGAUAAAGAUUCUGGUAUGCUUCAUAUAACUGAUACUGGUAUAGGAAUGAGCAAACAAGAUUUAGUAAAUAAUCUGGGAACUAUAGCAAAAUCUGGUACAGCUGAGUUUUUGAGCAAAAUGCAAAGUGCAGAUUCAGCACAAGAUAUGAAUGAUAUGAUAGGCCAGUUUGGUGUUGGAUUCUACUCCGCCUUUUUGGUAGCUGAUAGAGUUAUUGUUACAACCAAAAAUAAUGAUGAUAAGCAGUACAUUUGGGAAUCUGAUUCUUCUUCUUUCAGCAUUGUUGAAGAUCCUAGAGGAAACUCUUUGAAGAGAGGAACAACUGUCAGUUUGGAAUUAAAACCUGAGGCAAAAGACUUCUUGGAACAUGACACAAUUCGUACUUUGGUUAAGAAAUAUUCACAAUUUAUUAAUUUUCCAAUUUAUCUUUGGACAAGUCAUACUGAAACAGUUGAAGAACCUCUAGAUCAUGAGGCUCCUGGUGACAAAUCAGACAGCACAGAUGAAGAUGAUGCAGCUGUAGAAGACGAAAAAGAAGAAGACAAAGCAAAAACUAAAAAAGUUGAGAAAACUGUUUGGGAUUGGGAAUUGUUGAAUGAUAGUAAACCUAUUUGGACAAGGAAACCUACAGAGGUUGAAGAUUCUGAGUAUACUGAUUUCUACAAAACAUUAACCAAAGAUAGCCACGAUCCACUUACCAAGAUUCAUUUUGUUGCUGAAGGAGAAGUUACCUUUAAAGCCUUGUUAUAUGUUCCCACAGUUCAGCCCUCAGAAAGCUUUAACAGGUAUGGAACUAAAACUGAUAAUAUAAAAUUAUAUGUCCGCCGUGUUUUCAUCACUGAUGAAUUCAAUGAUAUGAUGCCUUCCUAUCUAAGCUUUAUAAGGGGAAUUGUUGAUUCAGAUGACUUGCCAUUGAAUGUGUCUCGUGAAACUUUGCAACAACACAAACUGAUUAAGGUUAUCAAAAAGAAGUUGGUACGUAAAGUUUUGGAUAUGCUUAAAAAACUUCCCGAAGAAGAUUAUGACAAAUUCUGGAAAGAAUUCUCUACUAAUAUUAAAUUGGGAACAAUUGAGGACCCAGCUAAUCGUACAAGGUUGGCAAAAUUAUUGAGAUUUUUGUCAUCUAAUGGCAAAGGAAUGACAAACUUGUCAGAUUAUGUUAGUAGAAUGAGACCAAAACAAGACAAAAUCUUCUAUAUAGCUGGAUCAUCUAGAGAUGAAGUAUCCAAAUCACCAUUUGUUGAACGAUUAUUGCGUAAAGGCUAUGAAGUUUUAUAUCUGGUAGAAGCUGUUGAUGAAUAUGCAAUUUCUGCUAUCCCUGAAUUUGAAGGAAAGAAAUUUCAAAAUGUAGCCAAAGAAGGUUUCAGUUUGAUUGAAACCGAAGGAGGCAAAGAACAACUAGAACAACUGAAGUCAACAUUUGAGCCUCUAACCAAAUGGUUAAGUGAUGAUGCUUUAAAAGAUGAUAUUGCUAAGGCUACAAUUUCUGAAAGGCUAACAGAUUCUCCUUGCGCUCUAGUAGCUAGCCUGUUUGGUUGGACUGGAAACAUGGAAAGGCUAGCAGUAUCCAACGCUCACCAAAAAUCUGAUGAUCCACAACGUUCCUAUUAUCUUAGCCAAAAGAAAACUUUAGAAAUUAAUCCUAGACAUCCAUUAAUGAAAGAACUUCUUAAACGAGUAAUUGAUGAUCCUAGUGAUCCUACAGCAAGGGAUAUGGCUAAAAUGAUGUUUAGGACAGCUACAUUGAGGUCUGGGUAUAUGUUACGAGAAACAGCAGAUUUUGCAGAAUCUAUUGAAGCAAUGAUGCGAAAAACUCUAGGCAUUCCUUUAGAUGAAGUAGUAGAAGAGGAAGAAGAUGCACCUGAUGAUAGCGCUUCAGAUGAAGACAAUAUAGAUGCUGAUUCCGAAUCUCGCGAUGAAGAACAUGAUGAACUUUAAAUAGACAUUCCAUUGUGAGAGUUUCUGUGCUUAGUGUGGUGUACAAUUUUUGUUUGUACAAUGUACAAGACUGUCUAUAUCACUUUUGUAUCUUUUUUUGUUUUUGAUUAGAUAAUGUUAUUUAUUUAA